CUUUGCUUCGCUAGUGACACAUCAAACUGUCGUACUUGUGUUGGGUUUCCCUUAUUUUUAUUCGACAUCAACAACGGAAGAGUUGAGACAUCCUGGAAAGCACAGCUCCCCUCGCCUGCUUUGUGUACUACUGAACAUUGUGAUGAUGUCAUUAUUUCGAUUGACCGCGAUUGAAAUACGGACAACCAAACAAAUGCAUGUGCGGUUAUGUGGAGGCUGAAAUGUGACGCAGCAAGCCUUGUCGCCGGCCGAGAUGCAGGCGGUGCUCAAGCGGCCGCGUGGCGGAUUCCUGUUGAGGGCGAGCGGCAUCACGAGCAGCUAUUCGCUCGGCAGUUCACGGCCAUUUUUACGCGGCUUUGACAGCAGACAAGAAAGGUUGCUUUCUGCGUCUUGUUUUUCUGGGUCAUGCGAGAAGCCCAGGAGGCAUGACGUGGCACACCCUGGAGAACGGUACCACUACACAAACGAACGCUGUCUUGUGCUCGAGGAGACGAUCUUGUGGUUUAUAGAUAUGGUCACGAAAGAGGCGCCAGGGGUUUUCGAGUUCAAGAGACUGCCGCGUUACGCGCGAUGCACGUUGUUGUAUCGCCAGCGCCAACGGAAGCAAGAAGCGGUGGACGCACAAUUAGCGUCCGCCACCAGCACUGUCGUCGCAGGUGGUAUUUCUUCUUCUGGACUGGAGCGAUCGAGUACGCACCCUUUCGCCACGGAGCGGAGGGAAAGUUGCAAUGAAAAUGAUGGUUCCUGGUCAGCGUUGUCAGUGAAAAGCUCGAGAGUGCGGCACGGGAAAACGGGAAGCUUCUUCUUCUACUUCCGCGCAAAUGACCCAGAUGUCGGGAUGGUCUUCGCCUGCCAUCCGCAGGGGAAGAUAUUGGUUUGCGCUCCCAGCGAAGUCCGGCUCCGUGGUCCCAGCAAGCACGUUUCUCACAGGUAUUGGGUGGCGCAGAAAGACAUUCCGCGCGCUGUCCAUCAACUAGCGGUGUCCGCGCCUACGAGGAGUCAGCUAGAUACUUCCAUCGCCGAAACUCUGGAACGCGUGAGGAAGGAACUUCCUCGUAAGUCUUUGAGCGAGUGGUGCGAGGCGCAGCUUUCUGGUUAUCAUUAUCGUACUCACUACUCGCGUCUGCAGAACUUGGUUUAUACGCUUUACGGGCCUGCGGGUGUUUCCUUUGAGGAGGCCGGCGAGUUUGGCUCUGUCUACAAUAUGACGGUAGACGGGCUUCGCUGCAUUCACCGCUCCGGACGGUUGCUCCCGCGGGGCAGCAGAGUCAACGCGCAUCGAAACUUGAUCUCGACGAGCGGGAGUCGUAUCGAAGUGCCAUUCGACAUCGCGGACGAGUUCGAUUGCUUUGUUGCAAUCAUUUACGAUGGAGAGGAGCCUACGCAAAUGCGUAUGAGGGGUGCAUAUUUUCUCUCGAAAUAUUUCUUGCUUGACGGGGGUCGUUUGUCGAUCGGUAGGGUCGGAGGCCGUACGGGGAUGACACUGAGGCUUCCUGAUGUGUCCGUCAGGGAAAGUGUACUCGUCAAAAAUGCUGUCAGCUGUAAGAAGUCACAAAGCCGCAAGCUCCUUUCUGACCGCGCGGCGACGUACUUUCUCGACUUGCGUGCUGGGCAUAUUGCUAGUAGCGUCAACGCAGUCAAGGACCUCUUGGAGAGAGUGCGCUUGGAAAACUUAAAACUUGAAGGAGCCAGAACAAAUUUUCCGUAAGAGUGAACUUUCUGUGAAGGGCAACCGAAUGAUAUUUCCUUUUGGGAAAAAGUUACGCUUAAGAGAGAUUGCAACGAGCGACGAGGUAGAAAGAAACUGUAAGUUGUAUCCUCACCAAUUCAUCGCUUCUCUUUCAAAAUGGCAGAAGCACACUCGUAUCUACA